GAGUGUUGACAUCUAUAAUCGCACGCCGCUGUCAUCGUCGCCAAAGUUUGAUCGUUUGUCGAGCGUGCUUCUCGCCUUGAAAGAAUUCAGCGAUAUCCGUAGGUGAAUAAUAAUCCCUUCUAUACGACCAUGUCAUUGUAAAAGCGACGAAUUCAGUGAUUCGAUCGAUUCUUUACGUCAAAGAGUUGCUUAUAGGUUAAGAAAACGGUGACUGAUACUCUUGCCGCUUGUCAAGAAUCACACGGGUAAUAUUACGAAAUUGUAUUCAAAAAGUGGGUCACGAUCAUGACGGUAGUUUGGGAGUCGGCGGACAGCAGUAUUGAGAAAGAAAUUUUGGUCCCUGGAAAAUUUUCAAAGAAGCCCACGGAACGUUCCAGAUGCAGUGUUAGAAUCGAGGACGUAAACUCAUCGGGGUUGUCCGACAAUCCUGAAACUAUACACAGCGAUUACAUUAGGCCAUCGUCAACAGGAGAAGUGACGACAACUAUCGGAGAUGCAGAAUGUAGGGUAGACGAGUAUAUCGAGAGGACGAUUCAAACGAUGUUCACUGGGGAGCAGAGUUUGGUAAGAAUGAAAUUAGACGACGCUUUUUGCCUAUCGUUUAGGAUAAAAUUGUUAGUCUGUGAGAUGCACGCACCGAUUUGGGAAUGGUCGUCAAAAGAGAAGUACGACGUGGCGUCGCGUUACAAAGAAGCAGGGGUGCGCCUUUAUAAGUCGUCAAGAAUCGUUGAUGCCUUUUGGAAAUUUAGCAAAGCUUGUAAGAUCCUAAUCAGUUUGGAACCCAUCUGUGAGGACGAUAUAGAAGAACCGCUCAGACAUGACGUAGAAAAUCUUAGGAGGAUCUUGUACAACAACAUGGCGGAGUGUCACCUGAUACGGAAAAACUUUGAGCACACAGUUUCCCUCUGCCACAAGGUUCUCGAAAGGGAUGGGAACAACGUCAAAGCACUCUACAGACGAGCUGUAGCCCGAGAAAAUCAAGGGGAUUACGAACGAGCCUUGACAGACAUGGAAAAAGUCGUCGGAUUCCAGCCAAAAAAUUCAGCUGCAAAAGAAAGACUUCACGUUUAUAGGAGAAAAGUUUACGAAGCUCAGAAGAAGUACGACAAUAUGGUGAAGAAAAUGUUUCACGUAUGCGAAUGACCGACGUCAUCGCCUGAUAGUAUGUCGCUUGUGUAAUAAAACAAUCCACUAAAUACCUGAUUUGUAAUUAUAAUGUAAUAAUCAGUACUUUUUCAAUUUAUAUAAACAAUUCAUUUUAUUCAACCAUGGUUACCCCCUAAUGAUUUCUGUUAACAAAGCUUCGGUACAUAAUCCGUAAGGCUUCACCUUUAUUAAAUCACAUCUGUCAUAAUUACAAAAAUACGCAUUUAUUUCUAAUAUAAUAACAAACAAUUGGAACGUAACUUAAUUCGCAACAAUAUUUUACUCCUGAUUUCACAUACGAAUAUAAUGAAAAUCAAUCAUUAUUCCCCUUGUGUGAGAUAAUUUUAUCCAUAUUAAUUCGCUGUAUUAAGUUAUUGCAAGCGCUU